AUAAUAUAUAUUCUGAAAAUUAAGGAAGAAGAAAUGGACAGAAUAGAAGCAGCAGCAGUAGUAACGAGGGAAUCGAGUAGUAGUGAUCGUAAUAAUAAUAAUAAUAAUAAUAAUAAUGCAGUAGUGGUUCCAAUUGCUCAGAGUCCUCAAAAUCUCACCCCACCAUCUCCCCUUUGGGUUCUCAAGGAACACUACCAAAAAUCUGGUGUACAUCGUAAGGUGUUGGCGGAGGUCAUAGCAACGUAUCUGUUGGUGUUUGUUACUUGUGGUGCGGCUGCAAUCAAUGGAAGUAACCCACAGAAAGUGUCGCAGCUGGGAGCAUCAGUGGCCGGUGGCCUCAUUGUCACCGUCAUGAUCUACACCGUUGGCCACAUCUCCGGUGCACACAUGAAUCCCGCUGUUACCGUUGCUUUCGCUGCGGUUCAUAGACAAUUUCCAUUGAAAGAGGUUCCAUUGUAUGCUAUAGCUCAAUUUACAGGAGCUAUUGCAGCUUCAUUUACACUACGAGAAGUGCUACAUCCCAUAAAACUUCUUGGGACAACAUCACCAUCUGGCUCAGAUGGCCAAUCUUUAGCUAUGGAAAUUGUUGUCACUUUUAUUAUGAUGUUUGUCACUUCUGCCGUAGCAACAGAUACCAAAGCCGUUGGGGAGCUAGCUGGUUUAGCAGUUGGUUCAUCUGUGUGCAUAACAUCAAUCUUCGCUGGGUCAGCAAUUAAUAACUCUUCUCAUCAUAUCUUCUGAUUAUUUCUUUCAUUCAAAUAAUUUUAAUUUAAAAUGGCAAAUAAUUAUAAAAUAUUUUUUACACACCAAAUAUGAGAUGAUCAGUUCGUGCCUUCCUAUGUUUUAAGUUCUCUUACACUACAUUUUCUAGUUCAAGCAUGACCUUGUUAGGCUAUUUUUAGCCUAUGUUUUGGAUCCAAUUUAUGUGCAUUUUUAGCUGUGUUGGGACGGAAUUACGCUUGUUUUCUAUGUUUUCAGGUUUUUUGGAGUAAAAGAGGUCUCGGGUGCAGAAAUUCAUUAAAAGACGUGCUGAGCCGAAGAAAAACUUAAUUUUUGAGUUUUUGCAUAUCUGGCCGCGGCGAUGAAGAGGCUCGCCGCGGCGAGAUUCAACUUACAGAAAGUGCCUAAAUUUGGCACAUUCUCGCCGCGGCGAGAGGAAGCAUGGCCGCGGCGAGAUCCCGUACGGACCAGGGGCAUUUUCGUCCAUCGAACCCUAAAUUUCAAUUAUAAAUAGAAAACUGCGAUUGGAAGUCAGGGAGAGCGAUUUGGAACCCUAAAACACAGCUGAGGGCGGCAGGAAGAGCAUAGAGAUUCAAGUGAAGAUCCAGAAUUCAUCCACCAACAGUUCUUUUCUUUAUUCCUCUUUAAUUUAUUUAUGUUGAAUAUUGCUAUAGGAAUGGUUAUGGAUUUGUUUCUGAACUAAAUUUCCCAUUUAGGGAGGAUGAUGAUUGUUGUUUAAUGUUUUCCUAGUUAAUGUUUAAUUACCAUUCCUCAAUUCUUGUGUGUGAAAUUAUCUUAAUUUGUUCUUAAUUUCAUGUUUAAGAUUGAUCACCUUGUGCAUGCUCUAUGAUCUCAAUUCAAAAUCUGAAAAGUGAGAAUUGAGAAUGCUAAAAUUAAGAUAAUCGAUGUUCUAUGUGAAACGAAAGUAUUUACAUGACUUAUGUGACGAGUAGAUUAUUACUUAAUGCUGAUUUCAUGUUAGUUUAAUUAAGGAAUUAAUUAGAUAACAUGUGAUUUAGAAUCUAGAAGAUCUGAAAGGAGCUAGGUUAUUUCAUAAUCUGUCAUUCACUCCAAG